GCUGCGGCGGCGCGGGCUCUGGCCCAGCAAGUGGACAACGGCGCUGCGCCGCGGAUCCGUCGCAGGGGGAGAUGGAGGCUGGUGGCGUGGCCGACUCGCUCCUCUCUGGAGCUUGCGUGCUCUUCACCCUCGCCAUGUACUCCACCGGCCUCUCGGACCUCAGGCAAAUGCGGAUGACCCGGAGCGUGGACAGUGUCCAGUUCCUGCCCUUUCUUACCACGGACAUCAACAACCUGAGCUGGAUGAGUUACGGGGCCUUGAAGGGUGACGGGACCCUAAUCUUUGUCAACGCCACGGGUGCUGUGCUUCAGACCCUGUAUAUCUUGGUGUAUCUACACUACUGCCCUCGGAAGCAGUACGGCUGCUCUCUCCCCUGCAGCGUCCGGUGCUCCUUCAGACUGCAACCCUGCUGGGGGUCUUUCUCCUGGGUUUUGGCUACUUUUGGCUCCUGGUGCCCAACCUUGAGGCCCGGCUUCAGCAGCUGGGCCUCUUCUGCAGUGUCUUCACCAUCAGCAUGUACCUCUCACCACUGGCUGACUUGGGGUCUUUCAUCCUUUUUCUGUAGGCCAAGAUCAUUCAGACGAGAUCAACCCAGCGUCUCUCCUUCCCACUCACCAUUGCCACCCUCCUCACCUCUGCCUCCUGGACCCUGUAUGGGUUUCGGCUAGGCGAUCCCUACAUCAUGGUGCCCAACCUACCAGGGAUCCUCACCAGCUUCAUUCGCCUCUGGCUUUUCUGGAAGUACUCCCAGGAGCAAGACAGGAACUAUCCACUCUUGCAAACCUGAGGCAGUUCACCUGACCACUGGGCACCUAAUGCCAACCUGCUACCAAAGAGAGCUCCUUGCAGCUGUUCCUGCUGACCAGCUCCAUGAGCACAGUGGGUUGUCGAAAAGAAAAAGAUAACUCUGAGACUCGAGGGACCAAAGAAAGCGUUUUGCUUGGAAGAUUGACCGGGACUUGGGAGAUGAAUCACUUAUUUUUUAUAGAUUAUAUUUUUUAAUUGUGGAGGUUGUGGUGAAAUCCUUAGAAUGUGCCUUAAAAUAAAUUGUUCCUUACCCCUGCCCAUAAAA